GCAGGGCCAGGCCCCUCUGGACCAUAAUCCAACCUCCAUGGGGGCUCUAUAGGUCAGGAUUUGGAGGAAACUUGCUGGGAGCCUGGUGGGGAUGGGGCAGGUGAUGCUGGGGUGGGGCGGGGAGGGUGCAGAAGUGUGUGCUAAGAGUCUGGCACUGCAGUUUCCCUGGGCGGGCGAGUCCCAACAGCAGGCACACAGGUGAGGCUGACCUGACAGGUUUCAGAAGCCAGGGGCAAUGGGGUGGAGCAUGGUUCUGACUUAGGGUGGCAACAGGUUGGGGGCCCUGCCACGCACAGGGCAGGCAGGCAGGAGGUGGUUCUGCUAGUAUCUUCUUCCUGCUGCAGCCAGCCCGAGGUGCAGGCCAUGGAGCCUGCUGGAGGAUGAGGGCAGCCAGGUGGGCAGGUAUGUUUGGAGGCCUAGGGCCUGGGGUCCUGGGAGCCCAGAGCAUGGCAGGACCCCUUCGGGACCGGGUGGAGGAGCUGAAACGGCCAUGGUGGCGGGAGAGCUCCCCAUUGGUGCUACAGCACAGUGAGGCGGCCCGGCUGGCAGCCGACGCCCUCCUGGAGCGGGGUGAGGCUGCCUACCUGCAGGUCAUCUCUGAGGAGCGGGAGCUGCCCUUCCUGAGUGCCCUGGAUAUGGACUAUAUGACCAGCCAUGUGUGCGCGGGCCCUGAGCUCAGUGAGGCCCAGGGACUGGAGGCCUCAGGGCCCGACCACCUCAGCCUGCUCUCCGAAGUCACCUCAGGCACUUACUUCCCCAUGGCCUCCGAUAUAGAGCCCCCAGACCUGGACUUGGGCUGGCCUGAGGUUCCACAGGCCACGGGCUUCAGCCCCACACAGGCUGUGGUGCACUUCCAGCGGGACAAGGCCAAGAACAUCAAGGACCUUCUGCGUUUCCUCUUCAGCCAGGCCCGCACGGUGGUGGCUGUGGUGAUGGACAUAUUCACCGACAUGGAGCUUCUAUGUGACCUCAUGGAGGCCUCGAACCGGCGUGGUGUCCCCGUCUACCUGCUCCUGGCUCAGGAGCACCUGAGGCAUUUCCUGGAAAUGUGUUACAAGAUGGACCUCAAUGGGGGGCACCUGCCGAACAUGCGUGUACGGAGCACAUGUGGGGACACGUACUGCAGCAAGGCAGGCCGCCGCUUCACAGGGCAGGCCCUGGAGAAGUUCGUCAUCAUUGACUGUGAGCAGGUGGUGACGGGCAGCUACAGCUUCACCUGGCUUUGCAGCCAGGCCCACACCAGCAUGGUGCUGCAGCUGAGGGGCCGCAUUGUGGAAGACUUUGACCGGGAGUUCCGCUGUCUGUAUGCUGAGUCACAACCUGUGGAGGGCUUCUGUGGCAGUGAGGAUCACCUGUCUUCCCGGGCAUCGUGCCCUCCCCCGGUGGCCCUGGCCUUCAGGCCCCGCAUCCCCAGCCCCACAUCUUCAUCGCCCUCCAGCACCAGCCUCAGCAGCAUCAAAUGCUCACCUCUCAUGGGCCACUCCUACCUCGCUCUACCAGGAGGCGGUGGCUGCAGUGACAUGGGUAUGGGGUCCUCAUCCCCAGGCCCUGCCCGCUGCGAGGCCAGUGGUCAGCCCACUCUGCAACACCAGAUGUCAGACCCUAACCAUGGCUCCCCACCAGGGCCCUACAGGGCCAACCUAGGCAAGCUGGGAAUGUCCCCAUGGUCCCAGUCUUCCCCCACCCUCAACCACAAUAGUGCCAGCCCCUUGACCCUGGCAGUGGGGUCAUCUCUGCUCCCUUGCUCACGCCCCCUUUUCCCCUUCCCCCGAAGUAUCUUAGCCCUGUCCCGUCUCCCGGAGAAUGGGCUCCCAGGAAGCCAGGAGCCCAGCCCCCCACGAGGUCGCUGGGUACCUGGCACAGCCCUGGAGACGGUGGAGGAGAAGAAGGUGUCUCUGAGUCAGAGCCAUGGCCAGCUGGAUCUCCUUGUCCCCUUCCCCAGAGCCCAAGAAGUAGGAGGCCCUGAUUCUGGGGUUACUCCCAACUUAGGCUCCCUUUGGUCUGGCAAACAGGCCCCAGAGGACAGGAGGUUGUCCCCAAGCCAGAGAUACAGCCAGCUGGAUCCUCUGCCCCGGGCCCAGGGUGCCAAGGGUGCCCCUGAGUCAGGUUCCCCCAGACCUGGCGAUCGGACUCCAGAGGACAAGAGGCUGUCCCCAAAUCACAGUCAUGGCCAAUUGGACCUCCUGGUACAGUACCCCAAGGCUGGGGGCUCGAGAGUGCCUCUUGAAGCUAACUCCUCAGCCAGGGCUGGCAAGCAGGGUCCAGAUGAGCGAUGGCAGACCCUGGGCCACAGCCAGCUGGACCUCAUCACAAAGUUUGGCCCGUUCCGGGGUGAGGGGCCUGGGCCCAGUGGUCUCCCCGGACCAAGUCCUGCUUGCAAGGCUGGAGUGGGCUCUGGGGAUGAGAAGCGGCUGACUCUGGGCCACAGCAAGCUGGACCUCAUCACAAAGUAUCAUCAAUUGCAGGGCACCAGGCCGGGACCUGACCCUGGCCCCCCGGGGGGCCCCACAGGUGGCCAUCGCAAUGGCAGUAGCAAUGGCCUGCUUGAGGAUGAGAAACGACUGACCCUGGGUCACAGCAAACUGGACCUUAUCACUAAGUACAACAAGUCCAAGGUCAGGCUGCUCCGAAGCCGCUUCGAGUCCUAGUCCUGCUCCCAGCAGGGACACGUCCGUGCUCCAUCCACUGAGACUCUAGACUUGCUCAAGUCCCAGACUCUGGGGUGCGAGCUUGGGCAGGGGCUGCAUGGGGAGGAGAAGGUGUCUAGAAGCUCAGAUUGGACACUCCGUGGGCUGAGGAUUCUUGCUUAAACACACACACACACACACACACACACACUCGGGGAAAUGGAACCCACUGUUACUGGGCACGUGUCAUUUGCCUCUGUGCUGGGCACUUCAUACCAGUUACUUCUUAUCCUUCAUCCUCACAACAUUCUACAAUAUAGACCUCUAGCAGGUAUACAAUUCUAGGAUCAUAGAUAUUAUCUUCUCUAUUUUAUUAAUGUGGAAGCUGAGACCCAGAGAGUUUGAUGGCUUGCUUGGAAUCAGGUCCAAGUAAGUGGAGGAGUAGGGGCCCAAACCUGUGUCUCUGAUCUCUUAAGAUUGUGUUUUUGCACAGACAUGACACACACUAUCAACAGUUCACAUGUCUCCAUGCACACAAAAUACACACAUCACAAAGAUGCCCAAAAUGCCUGCACAAUAUGCACAGCACACUGACAGCGUUCACACCCACAAACUGUAUAUCCAUAGAAACACACAAUAUGUACACAUAGGUGGAUGUGAUAGACCAAAACACUCAAAAUUCUAGUUAUAGGUGCUCAAUAAAUGUCAUUUGGCUAAAGGAAUGGCACAAAAUACAUGCAUUCGGUGCACACCGUAGACCCCUAAGGAUCCACAGAUCAUAAAUAUGCACAUAACCACACAUGCACACACACACACAAACAUGGAGGUACACAUGCACCAACCAGUAUCUUUUUUAACCUAAGCUGUGUACCCAGCCCUGUGCUGGGCAGGCCAUUGAGCAAAUAAAUCAGGCUCAGUCCCUGGGAGAUGAGGAUUAAAUGCAUAAACCAUUGGUGAGCAAGACAGCUGUAUCUAGUUAAAGGCUGACCAGUGACAGAGGGUAGUAGAGAACGAAGGGCAGAGAGUAGUGGUGAUGGUGGAGUGGUGAGGAAAGUUUCUCAGAGGAGAAGCCUUUGAGCCAGGCCUUGAAGGAUGGGGAGGAUUUGGACAGAUGGAGGAGAGAGUAAGAGGAAUUCCUGGUAGAGGGAACCAGGUGAAGAGAGGCCAGGGAGAGGACUGAGGGAGUGAGUCUGAAGUGAACUGGGGAGGACAAGUAGAGGACGUGGACACCCAGACACUCUGACACACACACAUCAUUUUGCUGUGUCCCUAGAAGCACAGUCUGACCGGUUUUGGGUCCUUUUCCUGAGCUCACCACCUGUCUGGGAGAAUAUACAUGACACAAACCAAUAAAGGCAGACAUGCUAU